GUCUAGGCACUUGGCGAGCUGUAUAACUUGCCACACUUGCUUCUCCCCUCUACCACAUCACAUUUUUGCUGUUAGCUACUUGUUCGGUUCAAAAACAUGUCUGGAAAGGGAAAAGCUGGAAAGUCUUCGUCUGGAAAGACUGGGAGCGAUUCAAAAGCUCAAUCGCGUUCAUCAAAAGCCGGUCUUCAGUUUCCUGUCGGCCGUAUUCACAGAUUGUUGAAGAAGGGCAACUACGCACAGCGUGUUGGUGCUGGUGCUCCUGUAUACCUUGCUGCUGUCUUGGAGUAUCUUGCUGCUGAAAUUCUGGAGCUUGCUGGCAAUGCCGCCCGUGAUAACAAAAAACAACGUAUCGUUCCCCGUCACCUUCAACUUGCCAUUCGUAAUGACGAAGAGUUGAACAAACUACUUGGUGAUGUCAUCAUCAGCCAGGGUGGUGUCGUGCCAUUUAUCAACCCAGAACUUCUUCCCACAAAAACCAGCAAGGGCAAGAAGGAGGGUGCUUCACAGGAGGUCUAGAGCGCUGCAGAGAUUUGUAUUCCACAUUUGUAUCAUUGUACUCGUUCGCCUUAAUCUACGCAAUUGUACCUUAGACAUCGCAAACUUCGCGUGGUAUUUUAGUUGGAGCGGCUACCGGACUCGU